UCUUGUGCGUCCUGUGCGUGUACGUGUGCGUGUUGGCUGCGCAGGCUCGGAUCUGGGCCUGGAUGCUGUCAAUACCCUACAGCCCGCCGGAAAAGGGACACGUUGGGCCGACGGACAGGGACACAGAGACGCCCCGCAACAGCUCCAACGGAGACACGGUGGCCUGCAAUCAGGACCGUGCUUGUGGGAAGGGUUUCUCCUGUGACCGCCACUUCGGCCUGUGCGUCCCUCUGCGUCAGGAGGGGGGUUACUGCCGGCGAGAUGCGCAGUGCGUGCGAGGCCUCGGCUGCAUGUUUGGCCGAUGCAUCCGGAGAAUCCCGGAGGGCCAGGAAGGGGCCCGGUGUAAAGUAGACAAGGACUGCGAGGCUUCGAUGUGCUGUGCCCGUCAUCACGGCGAGAGGGUGUGUAAGCAGCGGCUGGCAUUGGGCGAAAGCUGCUUCGUGCCAGAUGGAGGACUAGCCUUCAGCAUCAACCAGAUCUGCCCGUGUCAGGAGGGUCUGCUUUGCCGUGGAAAUGGGCAACCGAAGAAAAGAGGGAUGGAAUUUGUAUACUACCCUGAGUUAAAUAACUGGACCUGCCAGGUUGCAAAACAGUGAAAACAUUCUUCGAUAAACUUUAUUUAUU